AGUUUCUUUGCCUGCCCUGAGGCCUUGAGCUGGGGUAGCUACGACACAUACCUAUCCCUCCCAGUCCGCAGCACCACCACACCCACUGGUGCGCCGCGGUUUGUGGUCUUGUGGACACACUGGCCUCCACCCAUCUCUCUCACCACGUCUCGCCAUCGGCAGCAAAGGCCACAGUACAGAUUCGGCCCAUCGAUUUAUAGCCACACCAUGGCCAGGAAGUGCUCCCACUGUGGCAACUACGGCCACAACUCCAGGACCUGCGGCUUAGGACACAGCAGAGAAGUCAUGCUCUGCGAAGCCGGCGACAAUGGCGGCGGCCACGGCGGCAGCGGCCUAAGGCUCUUCGGAGUGCAGGUCCGUAUAGGUGGCGGUGGUGCAGGCUCGUCGGCGUCCAUGAAGAAGAGCUACAGCAUGGACUGCCUGCAGCUCGCGGCGGCUCAAGCUGGCUGCUCCCUCGUCUCGCCGUCGUCGUCGUCCUCGUCGUCGCUGCUGCUGUCGAUUGAAGAGGGCCUGGAGAGGGGGGCGGCCGCCAAUGGGUACCUGUCUGAUGGACCUCAUGGCAGAGUUGUGCAGGAGAGGAAGAAAGGAGUUCCAUGGAGCGAGGAGGAGCACAGGCAGUUCCUUGCCGGCCUGGAGCAGCUGGGCAAGGGCGACUGGCGAGGCAUCUCGAGGAACUACGUGACGACGAGGACGCCCACGCAGGUCGCCAGCCAUGCGCAGAAAUUCUUCCUCAGGCAGAGCAGCAUGGGGAAGAAGAAGCGCCGCUCCAGCCUCUUUGACAUGGUGCCGAUUUGCGAGAACAGCGCGAGCAUUUCCGAUCCGGUGAGCAGCGAAGAAGGGGCAGGCUCGACCUCUCUGUCGCUGAACGUGGCAUGCCAUUGCCAUGGCGCCGCCUCCGACUCCGAGAGGGCAGCCUUGGACCUGAAUUCGACGGAGGAAGGCGGCGACAGCAGGGCGGCACCAGGUGCAGGGACGACCAGGCCGUUCCCGGCACCGGUGGCGGUAGCUCAGACGGAGCUGCUGCUGCAUCAGCCUUCGUCGUCGUCGCAUGGCCAAGGGCGCGGCCACCACUGCUCUCCGUUGGACCUGGAGCUGGGCAUGUCCCUGCCUGCCCCAUCCAUCGGAACAUGACGCGUCGUCGUCCUAGUCAUCGCCAUGGAGUGACUCCCACGCAGGUCGCGCCAAAAUUCGUCAGCUCAAGUUGCCAAGGUCGAGGCCGGCCGCCGGCCGCGCGUGCCUGCUGUCUCGCUCAGCUGUGUCUGCCAGAUGGAGGGGCAAUACAGUAUUGUUGGUGAAAACGUUGUGCAAAUAGCACUGAACUAACUGUGGAUAUCGUACCACGUGUACUAUGCUGCUAUAUAUAUAUAUGGGCCUUGUUUAGUUCCCAAAAAA